AUGCAAGACCAUGUCCCACCGGGGAUCACCAUCGUCAAGUCAGACAGUCUCGAAGAAUGGCAGAUGGAUAUAAAAGUUCUCGAUGAAAACCCUCUCUACAAAGACCACACCUACCGACUCAAAUUCACUUUCAAUAACAAAUACCCAAUCGAGCCCCCCGAAGUCCAGUUCAUCAAUCUCCCCACCACUUCCGACACCCCCCGGCCGAUUCCAAUGCACCCACACAUCUACAGCAAUGGAAUCAUCUGCCUUGAUCUUCUCAGCACGACCGGCUGGUCCCCUGUCCAGACUGUAGAAAGCGUUUGCAUGAGUCUCCAAAGCAUGCUCACAGCCAACACCCGGGAUGAGCGCCCGCCGGGCGACAGCGAAUUCGUUGCGUACAAUCGACGCCGAAUCCGAGACAUUCCCUUUGUCUACGAAGACGAUAACGUAUAA